AAAAAGCGUUACAGCUUACUGGCGUAAUCACAUUUAAGGACACCGUUCGCAAGCAGGCUCCCUUGUCCUAAUUUUGUAAUUGUGCGCAAUUGCAUCUCGAUUCCUUGGGUUCAAAAAUGCCUUUGUCAGGAGGAUUAAAGGUGGGAUCUUGUCCCACAUCCUUCCCAGAUGCCCGUGACUGCGGAGUAAGGAUUGGGCCACAUGGUUCGCCUUGGCUGGCAAAAAUGGCUCUGGUUUGGAGAACACCACAGUCUUGGCGAUUCGAGGCACAAAGACGAAGCUGGAGAUGAUUUUUGAUUUGGAUUUGUGGUCCUUGCAGAUUCUGGGCAUCCAGCAUUUGGCUGGGCGUUUCAUCAUUGGACUUGGAUUUCCAUACAAUGCCUUCUGGAACUCGCCGGCUUUAGGCGGCGUGCAAGUGGGCAUAAAGUCUAUUUGUUUGGCCAUCAAACAGCAUGAUUUCCAGGAAGUGAUCUCCAAUGCUUUGGCCAGAGCAAAUUUGUUUGCAACUAUCACAAAGACGUAGUUCCGGCAGCGGUGCAUGAUUUCACAACAAAAAUUUCUAGUCUGGUGUAUGGGUGGCACUCCAUGUUGCCAGGCAAGCUGUGGUUUCGAUCAAAGCGUCGAAGAUAUCAAUCUGUGCUGGACUACUUGAAGCUUCUGAAAGAGGAAGAGCCACAUCGAAAGAUCUAUGUAAGUGGACAUUCGCUUGGAGGCGGCCUAGCACAUUUGGUUGCUUCUGAACUUCAGCUGCCUGCAGUCACAUUAUCAGCUCCAGGGGUAGUGGAAACUGCGGGCCUUUUGGGCCUGGAACCCCUAGAGCUGCAGGACCUUACGGUGAAUGUGAUUCCUGAUAGAGAUCCUAUUCCUGCAAAUAGUGGCAAGCAAGGUGGUGUGACCGUUCCAAUCCCAUGCAUUGUUGGAGAGGCACCGGAGUGCCACAGGGUAUUUAACACCAUUUGCAUGCUGCUGAAGCAAUGUGGAGAUCCAAUCCAACGCAAUAUACCAUGCAACUUCUGCCCGAUGGAGGCCGAUCAUCAUCAUUCUUGCGAGCAGAAAAACAUAUUAAUAUAAUAUGGGAAGUAAUUAGGUUUUGAAGCGACUAUGAUCUAAAUAAUGGUUAAGGUGUUAAGGUUUAUUGAAAGUGUUGGAACGUAAUAGAAAGAUG